AUAGUCUAUGCUACCAAGAGACCAAAGGUCAACCUGGUGCGACUUGAGAGCAAUGAUGCUCUCACGGAUGAAAUAGUUGUACCCAGGGGUACUCUCGUGACUUGCCUUGCAAGCAUAGAGCUGCAGUUUGAAGAUGUUGGUGCUCCUAUUCAAUUUCUGGAGUUCUUUGAUUCAUUUGGCAAGGUAAUUUGGGAAAGCAAGUAUAGAUCUGCAAUAUAAUAAUGUACUCUCAAAGACUUAACUCAACUUGAAGAGGUGUCUUUAGUUGUUGCCGACCUUCACAUAAAGUUGUUCUCCAUCAUAGAAAUUGGCAAAGAUAUCUCUUUUGAGUAUCCAGGACGUGUAGAUGAAUGGAUAAGAAAAGUCGGCGAGUACAUCACUUUGACAUUACACAGAGAAGAUUUCACCCUUCGCUGCUUAAAUCAGGGGGUAUCAAGACAUACAAAUUUGAACCCUUCUUGUAAGUUGGAGGUGCUGAAUUGUUUGUGUGAUGAGGCAUUAUCUUCUGAGUAA